AGACGUCCACAUGAGAAACAAUUACCGUCCGAAUCGGGCUAAAGGCAACAGGGUUAACACACUGAUCAGACAAAACCCAACAAACGUGUAUAGUUUGCUUAGAUUCAACCCAUAAACCCACGCGGAUUUGUAACACCCCAAAAGUGAAGUACGAAAUUUGAGUAUACUGGGCGGCGCUGCCGCGUCAGCUGUCCGGCCCCCGUCGCCACGCAGACAGAUGUGCAAGAUGUCGCCGCGGUUUACAUUUUACUUUAAUUUGAUUUUGUCUCUGCAAACCUUAAAUCCCUUCAUUGUAUUGAUCUGGGCAAAUGAAUCAAAUCAAGAUGUUAAAAUUGAGGUUACGUUUCUGCCAGAAAACUGCAGCCAGAAAGCUAAGAGAGGAGACAUGCUGAAUGCUCAUUAUGAUGGAUAUCUAGUUAAAGAUGGAUCUCAGUUCUACUGCAGUCGUUCGACAAAAACGGGUCACCCACACUGGUUUGUGUUAGGCGUUGGAGAAGUUAUUAAGGGCCUCGAUUUAGGGCUGAACGGCAUGUGUCCCGGGGAGAAGAGAAAAGUUACAAUUCCUCCCUCUCUGGCAUACGGCGAGAAAGGAAAAGGUCCUGUACCACCAAAUGCAACAGUGAUCUUUGAGGUGGAGCUUUUGUACAUAACCAGAGGACCACGCAGCUUAGAAGCCUUCAAAGAAAUUGACGCUGACAAGGACAAGGCCCUGACAAAAGAAGAGAUUAAAGAAUACUUGAAAAUGGAAGCAAAGAAGUUAAAUACACAGAAAGAUGAAUCCUAUUUCGAUGAUGUUGUGGCAGAUGUGUUCCGUAAGAAUGAUCACAAUGCUGAUGGGACCUUAUCACUAAAAGAGUACAAUGUUUAUGAACAUGAUGAACUAUAAACACUACCAGAAAGACAUUUUUAUGCAGGUGGUGCACUGGACAUUCUCUACAAGAUACUCUUCAAACUGUAAACUAAAUUUUGAAUAAAGUUGACUCAGAUA